AUGGCACCGCUCUCAGAGGUCGGGUCCGAAGCCGACUUUGAGCAGAUCAUCAAGACCGCCUCCCCAUCCACGCUCUUCGUCCUCUACUUCCACACACCCUGGGCGGCGCCAUGUGCGCAGAUGAGAACCAUCCUCACCACCCUUGCCUCCACAUACCCGGCCGACGCCGACCUUCGCUUCCUCUCCAUCAACGCCGAAGAACUAGCCGACGUUUCGGAGUCGUACGAUGUGACGGCCGUGCCGUUCCUCGUGUUGCAAAAGGGUGGCAAGGUCCUUGAGACCGUGAGCGGCAGCGACGCGAGCAAGGUUCGCGCCGCGGUCGAGAAAUACGCCGGGACUGGCAGCGGCGGCGGUGGCCAGGCCAGUAUUCCUCCACCUCUGCAAGCCACUCCGCAGCAGCCCAACGGCGCGCCCACCGCGACCAAAGAUCUCAGUUCCUAUGCGCCCACGUCUUCGGAUCCUCCCACCGCCCCGGCGUACUCGUCGAACCAGGAGUCGCAGGAAGAGUUGAAUGAGAGAUUGGCCAAAUUGGUGAAAGCUGCACCGGUUAUGCUUUUCAUGAAAGGCACACCUAGCGCUCCUCAGUGCGGGUUUAGUCGACAGUUGGUCAGCAUUUUGCGGGAGCACCAAGUCAAAUAUGGGUUCUUCAACAUUCUCGCUGAUAGCGACGUUCGUGAGGGCCUCAAAGCCUUCUCGGACUGGCCUACUUUCCCGCAACUAUACACUAAUGGUGAACUGGUCGGUGGGCUGGACAUUAUCCGAGAAGAACUGGAAGCGGACCCGGACUUUUUCAAGCCCUUCGCGGCGCCUAACCCAACCAGCGUCUAG